UCUGAAGAGGGAAAAAUUGCAAAUAAUUUACUUUACUUUCUCGUUAUAGUCAAACACCCUUUAUUUUUUUUCCUAACAUAAAACUGAUUACAUAUAUUUUGAGAGUAGAGCACAUGGUUUGCAAGUUGUAAGAUGGCAAAUUACAUGAACUCGACAGAAACCAUAAUCAUGGCGGCUCUCUCCACUCUCUCUCCUCCCCAUCUCUCUCAUCUCUCCCACUCGAUCUCCGCCCUCUUCCGGCGCCACCUCCGCCGCCUGGUGACCCUCCUCUCGUACCCCACCCUCUUCACCCUGACUCUCCGCCACCUCCAAUCCCUCUCCCUCCACCAAAAGUCCCUCCUCAUCGCCCGCCACCUCCUCUCCAACCUCACCCUCCUCAACCACGCCAUACGGAACCCCAUCGCCGCCGCCCCGCCGCCGACCUCCAUGAGACUCAGGGACCUCGACGCCGUUCUCCUCCUCCUCCUCCUCUGCGAGCUCCACCAACACGACCGCGACUUCCUCGACGCCCCGCCGCCGCGGUGGCGCGCCAUGCUCGCCGCCUACGCCUCCGACGCCGUUUUGAGGCUGUCGAGUUUCGGCGGAUGCUCUAACGGAGAGGCUCUGAUUCAGUUCGUUGAGUCCGCCCGGAGAUGCUGGAAUCUGGUGGGCGUGAUGGGCUGCGGGGAGGGGAAGGAGGGGAGGGACGAGGCGGCGUCGGCGGCGGCGGUGGUGGCACUGCCGUCGGUGGCGGUGAGCGGAGGGGAGGAGUGUGUGAUAUGUAAGGAGGAGAUGAAGGAAGGGAGAGAUGUGUGUGAGUUGCCAUGCACCCAUUUGUUUCAUUGGAUUUGCAUACUGCGCUGGCUCAAGAAGAGGAAUACGUGCCCUUGUUGCCGCCACCGCCUCCCCACCGACGAUCUCCGCCGCGAGAUCCACCGCCUGUUGGAGGAGCUCGCCGUCAUCGGUGGUGGUGGUGGUGGUGGUGGUGUAGGAUUCAGUCAAGAAUGGUACUUGUGAGAGUACAUGAUUUUUCCUUGUCUUUUUCAGUGGUUAAAUAUUAAUAUGUGAUUUCCUCAAAAAAAAAAAAAUAUUAAUAUGUGAAAGGAUCUUAUGAAAUUAAUAGCGAAAUCAAUGUAGAGGAAUAAUAGAUGAUGUAAAAUGCAAUUAUUAGAAUUAAACAAUGUAGGUGUAUAUGUGAUUUGUUUUUUUACACUCAUAAGGUUGGAGAAAUGAUAUGAUCACUCAUACUUUACCAA